AUGGAUAUAAAGAAUCCUCCCCUCCGAACCCUUUGCUUAGGCUAGUCGCUGUUUUCCUGGCCUCACACCUACUAUGGGUUCCUCCCAAUUCCUCUUUGGCUUGAGCGGCCACGCUCUCAGUGUCCUCCAAAUCAUCUUCGUUGUCUGCCCUGCCUUCAUCCUCUUCGGUUACAACCAAUCUGGUCUUGGUGGUCUCCUCACUCUCGAGGACUGGGUUAAAACUUUCCCAGAAAUCGACACUGUCAAUACCAAAGGCGCUGUCAAGAGUCAUAACUCUACCAUUCAGGGCGUCACCGUUUCCACCUUCACCCUGGGAGCUCUUGUCGGUGCUCUGUCAUGUUCCUACACUGGUGAUAGGUUCGGCCGCCGCGCCGUCAUCUUCGGUGCUGCUGUCCUUACCCUCAUCGGCGAGGUUCUUCAAACGUCUUCCUUUGGCCUGCCUCAGUUCAUCGUCGGACGCACCAUCCUCGGAUCCGGUAUCGGUAUGUUGAGUGCCACGGUUCCUGUUUGGCAGAGUGAGACAUCCGGAGCGAAGAACCGCGGCAAGCACGUUGUUUUGGACGGUCUUUUCAUCUGCGUUGGUUACACUCUCGAGUCCUGGAUCAACCUUGGAUUUUUCGAGUUCCACACGGGCCCUGUCACCUGGCGCCCGCCGCUCGCGAUUCCUAUCUUCUUCUCGCUCGUCCUGAUGGCUUCCAUCUAUUUCCUGCCAGAGUCGCCCCGCUGGCUCGUCCGCAGGGCUAAGAUUGAUGAGGCCAAAUCCACUCUGGCCGGCCUCAAGGGCCUCGAGACGGACUCUUACGAAGUGCAGGCUGAGGUCUCCGCCAUUGAAAUCUCUCUCGAAGAGACCGGUGCCGGUGCGGCAUCACUGAGGGAUAUGCUCAAGAUGGGCGAAGACAAGCUCCUCUACCGCUUCGGUCUUUGUAUCCUUCUCCAGUUCUACCAGCAGAUGAGCGGCACCAAUCUCAUCUCGACGUAUACGAACAUCUUGUUCCAGCAAAACCUCGGGUUGGACGCCGAAACCUCGCGCAUCCUGGCCGGUGGUGCACUGACCUGGAAGUUCCUCUCGUCGUUUGUGGCUUUCUUCACCAUUGACCGCUUCGGCAGACGGGCUGUGUUCAUGUUCAGUGGUGCUGGCAUGUCCCUCUGCAUGACUUGCUUGUGCAUCUGCACUUCCUUCGGCCCUGAAAACCGCGCUGCUCAGAUCGCUGCUGCCUGCUUCAUCUACCUUUUCAACUUCUUCGUCCCCAUUGGGUUCCUGGGCGCCAACUUCCUCUACUGCACUGAGGUUGCCCCUAUCCGCCUGCGUGUCGCCAUGGCUUCUAUCUCCACCGCCAACCAUUGGCUCUGGAACUUUGUCGUCACCAUGAUCACUCCCGUUGCCCUCGACACCAUCGGUUACCGCUACUACAUCGUCUAUGCCGUCGUUGGCUUCUGCAUCCCUGUCUCAGUAUACUUCCUCUACCCGGAGACCAUGGGCCGCAACCUCGAGGAGCUGGACUUGCUCUUCCGCGACAGUCCUUCUGCUCUUGCGACUGUCAAGUUCGCCAAGCAGCGUCCCGUACUGCAGCCAACCGAAUUCGCUGUGGCGAAGACAGAGAAAGACCACGAAUCACUAGAGGCCGAGCUCAAGUCUCAGGCAUGAAGAGAUUCCGCAUAAUAUUGGCGUUGGGUGAUUUGACGAGGCCGGCCUCGGAGGAAAGGUGCGCUUCCUUUUGCGGAGGUAGUUGAGCCUCCCGUGGAUGAUUGCUCGGGCGGGGUCAACGGAUAACCUUCCGUGUCUGACAGGCUGCAGGAGCAACUGUCUGAACUAGUAAUGGGGUACUGCAUGGACAAGGGGUCCGGCAUCAUGAUUUUCUGUUACGAAUGAUGUUUUUCCUUUGAUGAUAUCAAAUAGACACAACGAAGCGCUUCAUGACGAU